UGUUCCUGUGCAUCCAUUACCGGAGGAAUUACAGAAGAUGUCUCGGGAUGAGACGGUGUGUAAAUACUGUGGAGUUAGCUAUUUGAUCCUUCAUGAGUUCAAAAUGCUAGAAGAGAAAGUCAAAGCGAUGGAAGAGAAGGUGAAGUUUUAUGAGGGAAGUGUGGAACGGGAGAACCAGCUUCAAGAAAAGCUACAGCGCCUAAGUCAAGAUUUUGACCAGUGCACAGCAGCCAGUGAAUCAAAAACAGAAAGAGGAGAGUUAAAGGGUAUUAAAGCAGACCUGCUUGGCAGUCUCCACGAAUGGACCACACUCAAAGGACAGACUUCUUUACAAAUCAAAAACGUGAAUAAGACAGCAUUGGCUGAAAUAUCCAGUUUGAACGAAAGUUUAGCCGAAUGCCAGAGAGAAAACGUACUCCUCCAGGAGGAGGUGAAGCAGUUACGGUUGAUGUCAGGGGUGGCUGAAGCAGAAAUCAAGCGGCUUCAAGCUUCUGUGCUGCGAGAGGGUGAAUUACAAAACAGAUGUCAUGAACUGCAAAAAAAAACACAAGAUUUAACAAGUCAAGUAGAGGCAACGGAACGCAACUUCCAGAAAGCGGCUGCCGAAAUGGGCUAUUAUAAAGAGCUAUUCACAUUUACUAAUACUCUGAAAGAGCAAGAGCAGUCCUUGCUUGCCUGCCAAAAAGUAUGCAAACGUUUACAGGAAGAAGUGAUUGAGAAAGAAAGGGAAGAAGAAGGCCUGAGAAAAAGAACCAGCCGCUUGGAGAGUGAACUGGAAACAAUUAAGAAUCAUCUCAGGCAGCGAGAGGAAGAAGUGGUAAUGCUUAAGCAAGAAAGGGAGUCCCAUCAGAACAGAAUGAAGCAGCUACAGGAAACAUUAAGACAGAAGGUGAUGAAGGAAAAGAACUGGCAGAAAAAGAUUGAAGCUGAUCGAGAAAAAGAACAAGCCCAUCACCAGGAAGAGCUUCUGAGAAUCAAGGAAGAGGCUAGAAUGGAAUUAGACAUCGAGAAACAAAAGCAUCAGGAAUUGAUAGAAAAAUAUCAGAGAGAUCAGGAUGAGCUGCUACAAAAAAAGAUACCUUCAUUAGUGCGCAGUGCUGUGAACAGCCUGAAAAUGGAAAUGGACACCCUUGGAAAGGAACUCCAUGAAGCCCAGACCAAACUCUCAGAGAACAGUGAGGCAGAAGAGCGGCGAAGCCUUGAAAAGCGGGUAGCAGACCUUGAGACCCAGCUGUCAGAAGAGCAGAGUACCCGUCAUGCAAUCACAGAAAACAUGGCGGAGGAAAUAAAAAAGAAGUCCUAUGAGCUGGAGAAACUGACCCAGGAGCAGAUGCAGUUGAUCCAGAAUUUGAAUCGAGUUCAAGAAGAGAAUGCUCUUCUCCAGGACACGGUGCGCAGGGAGUGUGAGGAACGCUAUGAGCUCACUGAAGCUUUGACCCAGGCCAGAGAACGAGUAAUGGAGCUAAAGAAGCUCAGUGGAAAUUUCCCAUCGGCACAGUCUUCUCUCAGUCAGGGCAACCUCACCUCCUCCGCUGGCUUGGUCAGUGGUCAUGGUCAGAAAAGCUCAAAUCGUGGGAAAGGAAGAACGCCCCCGGGAUUCUGCAGCAUUUCAAGAGCUACUAAACUGCCGUCCUGCACCAUCGAAAGAGCGUCUUCUCUAGAUGAAUCCAGGAGGAGGAUCGCAGCAGCUAUAACAAGACAGCUGAGUCAGCAGUGA